CGUACAUAUAGGAAACGCGAGCUAUUUUACCUGUAUUAGAAAAUAUCGGAAACGAUUCCUUUUGGCUAAGAUUUUUGGACUUUGUUUAUUCGGUGAAUUAUUUGCACUUUAUAGGCUAUGUGCUGUGCGUCUUAGCUGAAACUUUAUAUUGAGUCGUAGUUCAUAUAACGAUUAUUAGGAGUCAACACAACAAAGCAGCGUCUUUGAUGAUCAUGUCCAAAGACGCUGUACUACCGCUAAGAAUCCUCUGUAUUCACGGUUAUCGGCAGAACAGCAGCUCUUUCCGAGAGAAAACUGGAGCUUUGCGAAAACUUCUCAAAAAACAAGUCGAAUUUUUGUAUAUUAAUGCUCCACAUCAACUUCCCCCUAUUAGCAACUCACAGGAGCAAGAGAAACCCGCCAGUGCAGGUGAUGAAGAUCAGAGGGGCUGGUGGUUUUCCAAUGUCCAGGCACGCAGUUUUGACGCCAGGCAGGAGUGUGAGAGCAGCUUGGGCCUGGAGGAGAGUGUGGAGGCCGUCCGAGUGGCUCUGAAGGACCAGGGCCCCUUUGACGGCAUUCUGGGCUUCAGUCAAGGCGCUGCUCUGGUGGCCAUGCUGUGUGCUCUGCAGGAACGGAAACUGGAGCCUAUAUUUAACUUCCGCUUCGCUGUCCUUGUGGCAGGCUUCCUCAGUGCCUGCGCCCAGCACCAACACUUCUAUGAGAACCUGAACAUCACCUUGCCUUCUCUGCAUGUAUUCGGACAGGAAGACAAAGUAAUUCCAGAGCAAAUGAGCCGAGAACUGCUGCCCAUGUUCCCCAGAGCACAUGUCCUCUCCCACCCAGGUGGACAUUUUAUCCCUGCAGCCUCAGCACACAGACCGAUCUACCAAGAGUUCCUACAAAGGUUCCAGCAGUAGGGAGACAAUUAAGAAGAGGCCAUUUACCUUAUAUUCACCAUUUUUCUCGAAUUUAUAUACAGUACAGUUGCAAAUCUUCUAUGAUGCAUUUAAAAUGUUACAUGACUACAAGUCUGGAACAGUGAAUACUAUAUUGUACUACACUUCUCAGGGUACAUAUACUUGAAUAAAGAAAGUUUUAAUUGAU